AGUAGCGUUAAUGUAAAAAGAGGCGCGGUACGUUCGUCCAAGUUAAGGUGGCCAGCCUCUGUAGAAGGUGGAAAAACUAUCAUCAAGAUCCCAUACAUUGUGAGUGGAGGUAUGUGGAUAAUAGUUAGUUAGUUAGUUAGUCUGUCCGUCAGUCAGUGGAUCACGUGGUAACUCUGUGUUUUAGUCAGUUAGUCAGUUAUUCACUCAGACUGUCUGCAAUUCGUUCAUCCACUCACCAAAGUUUGUAUGUGGCGUAGCACACGUGUGGAGUGAAAUGAAAUGUGAAUUGUACUUGGAGUAAACAGGGAUAAAUUCUGCAAGUGAAGUAAACCAGGAAUCAAAACAAUAUGUUUAAACUCCGUGAGGAUUAAACUGACGACCUCUAGAUUAGAUCUGCCAGCGUUCAAACCCAACUAUGAGGUCACCGUGAGAAUUUUUCAGCGCUCAAGGUGAAAUACAAUUUACACUUCAUUCAUUCUUUCCUCCCUUCCGUCUUUUCUUCCUUCCGUCAUUUAUUCGUCCCCCUGAUUGGUCUAUUUAGUCAGUCAAUCCGUUUGUAGGUGGUUUGACACACUUUAAGAGUCAGUUUGUCUGUCAGUCAGUCAAUCAGUGUCUGUCUGUUUUCCUGUCUGCUAGUCAGCUUAGUUUUCUACUCAGUCCGUCAGUCAGUGUGUGAGUGAGUCGGUCACUUUGUCAGAUAGUCAACCAUCCAUUCCGCUAGUCCGUCAGUCAUUCUGUCAGUCAAUCACUCAAACGCAUGUAUUCAGUGCUCAGCGAGUUGCAUGAUCAGAGUGGAGCUGUAAAUUCGCAACAGUCAGUCAGUCUACGACGGUAACGUAGUCUUUUAUUAGCCAGUUCGUGCAUUAGCUAGCCAAGCGACCAGUCCGUCGUCCAGUCAACUAACUCGUGAUUCAUCAGCUAUCUGUUUAAUAGCCACUUCAGUGAUAGCCAAUCUUUGAGUUACUCAGUCAUUCAGUCAGUCAAUCAGUCAUUACUCACCCGAUAGUCAUUCAACCCGACACCCGUAUUCUGAAAAACAUUACGUUAAUCACAGGUCUGGGCGAUCAAGCAGCAAAAGAGUUGGAGCGCGCCAUUCAGGACUUACACGAAGCAACCUGUGUGCGCUUUCGUCCUUGGAGUGGAGAGGCGGACUUUGUUAGUUUUGAACUUGGCUCCGCGUAAGUAACGAGGGAAGCGCGAGUGGUCGAACAGGAGAAACAAUAGUGCGUUAAGCAAAGAAAUUUUAAGCGACACACGUGGACGUUUUGCGUUUUUGGGCGGUAGUUUUACCCAAAUUUUCGGGUGACUCAUUCUAUAAGACUGAAGACAAGACACUUAGCAUUAAAAGCGUUGUGGCAUAUUAAAAGGUAGACUACGACCAGUCUCUCUUUUUCUUGGUCCGUUGAGCAAAACGCCUGAGACACGCAAAUGACCACGCGCGUGACUGAAGGGGCGAGACCCUCGUUUCUCGCGUUUCGCGGCUUCGCCAAUAGGGAGCUUAAGCAGCAACGUUUUUGAGCGACGCACGUCAACCGGAAGUGAGGUAUUUUCCCUCUUAACAUGCCUUGAUGACAUAAAAUUUGUAUUCCUUAGUUUCUUUACUGUUAUAGAGGCGAUUUGACUGAAAAUUUGCGCGAAACCACCGUCAAAAAAUGAAAAAAGGCCACUUCCGGUUGACGUGCGUCGCUCAAAAACGUUGUUGCUUAAGCUCCCUAUUCAACGCUCGCGCGCACCUGCACUCCCCUUACUAAAUCUGAAGAAAAAGAGAGACUGCUCGCAGUCUAAUUAAAAGGUAAAACGGCUGACUUCCUAUUGACGUGCUUCGCUCAAAAACGCCUUUGCUAAUUAGUAAAUUAGAGAAUCACUGUCCCUUUCGGCUCCGCACUUAAAAUACAGUACUUACAGUUUAUAUUUGCUGUCUUUCUAUCGAUUGUGAGUAAAACUGGAAGUGAACGACCCAAGGGAGUGGCGCGCGUCUAGAAUCAUCAUGUUACCAUCUUUUGUUAAUAACACUUAAAGUGCAUACGAUAUAAGCGGCAUUGCAAGCAGUCAUAAGACACUAAAGACGCAAGCGUCAUGGCCUUGGAACAGCGAUAUAAGACAGAUGAGGUGGCGAGAAAGGACACAAAGAUGGCUGGAAACUGCGACAGCGACGGAGAAAAGUGUAAAUACAAUAGUAAAAUACCGUCCUGGAUAUGUCUUCUUCCCCAAUACGUGAAACGAAGAGGGGGAGGGGAGGGAGGGGUGAAAAUCAGGCCUGCGCAGCAGUUUUUCAAGUGCGGGGGCCGCUUAAUUCAAGUGCGUGGGAAAGUGGGAAGGGGAGAGGGAGUGGUACGAGAGUUUCUCAGUGUCAUGGCAUCUUCCAGUCUUUAUGCAGCGGUUUCAUUUGAUGCAUGUGAUGAAAACUUAAAUCGCCUUGAGCAGCUAAAUAUUUCGUUUGGUAACUCACUUUCACGCAAAAAAUACCCAUGAAAUCGCCGACAGGUUAAAGCGCAAAAAGCGCUGAACAAAUAGCACUAAAAAGUACGCCAAAAAGUGGAGGGGCCAGGGCUCCCCUGGCCGCUCCCCCUUCGCGGGCCCUGGACUAGGCAAAAUGCGUACUCCCGUCCACCUUCUCCUCUUAGAGGGACUCACUAAAAAUCAAGAAACGACAGAAGCUUAGCUGCUCCCUAGAAGCUCCUAAAUUCUUACAUGCUCCGUUAUUAUGCCUUUUUGAUGAUGUACAGUUGUAACAAAGAUCACCGUUCAAUUUUUGUCUCGCCGUUUUCAGCUGUUUAUCGGUUAUUGGGAAACAAACAGGGAGACAAGUGGUUUAUCUUGGAACGGGCUGUGAGAACAAAGGAACAAUUCUACAUGAGCUCCUUCACUUGCUGGGAUUCUACCAUGAGCACAAUAGAGCAGAUCGAGAUACCUAUCUACGAAUUUACGAGCAAAACAUUGCCGCUGGUUUGUUUGCUAGCCUGAGAAAACAGCCGACAUUUCGCGACUCCAGCUGUGGUUUUCCCGCGAAAUGACGUCUAAGAAACGAGCGCAAAAAUUCCAUGCUGAUGACGCGUCACUACACAGAUCUGGGUAGUGCUUCUGAUUGGUCGCGCUUGUGAAAUUUGCUUUAACCAAUCAGGGGCACGAAGCAGAUCUGGGUAGUGACGCGUCAUCAGACGUCAUUUCGCGAGGAAAACAGUUAAGGAGGCGCGAAAAUGUCAGCGGUUUUCUCUGGCUAUUUGUUUCCACGUAACCAAUUUUCCUAUUUCUCAGUAACCCAUUACCCUGAGUGUUUAAGUCUCCUUUGCUACAACUCAUCAACAGAAUCAACAUUUGGAGGUGUCUUGUGCUGCAUCCUAAACAAUAACGCUUAUUAUAUAGUUACGAAAACGACGACAAUAACAGCAGAGCUUUAUUGCGGCUUUAAAAACAGUAGACAUCAACAAGCUCCUUAGCUAGUCGAGGCGGGUUGUCAGAAAAAGAAUAUAAUAUAAAACAAAAAUUGACGUUCGCUCCUUGUUAUGGGCUCGUGGUAAUUUGGCCACAAUCAAGGGAUUUAACGGCUGCAGGGAUGUAGCUAAGGAGAGGCUGAGCAGGCUUUUUAUUAGUCAAGCCAGCUGUUUCAGUCAACUGCACCUUCAAAAUUACCCCAUGUUUUUUUUUCUAGACAAAUUUGAGCUAAAGGAGUGAACGGUUAUCCUUCUAGCCGUCAGCUUUUAAACUGUGUUGAGUUGACCAUUUCUUGUUUUCAAUCAACAUAUUUACAGUCGAUAAAACCAAUUUGAUUUUGUGUUCAUUCUCCAAAGACCUGCGAGCAAGGGCUACUUUUUUUGCGAUAUAUAUCGGCGUAUGAAAAGUAACUAGGCGACUUUUCGCCCGUCAGUGAAAAAGUAGCUUUUGCUAUCACCGUCGCAGUACCGAAUCUUGGCUUUAAAAAAAGACCCCUCAACAAGGGAUCAUAUGUAUAAUUAAUAAAUGGUUAUAACUUCUUUUGAUUACAGCGUACAGGCAAGGCGUUAUGAAGACGUACGGUGCUGACAUGAUGGAAAACUUGGGUUUUCAAUAUGACCUUCACUCUAUUAUGCAGUACAGCAGACAUGCCUUCGCGAAGUCGCCUAAACUGGUUACCAUGGAAGCGUGGUCAAAUCCAAAAAUGGAACUUGGAAACCGAAAUGCCAUGUCUGCUGCUGACAUCAUGAAAAUUAAUAAACUUUACCACUGCGACGAAAGAAAGGAUGUAUGUAAGUAAAACGAACCAUUCUACUCCCUGUUUCUCUUUUUUUUCCUUUUACCGAUACUGCAGCCCCUGUCAAGCCAUUGCACGGCUUUUAAAUUUGCUGGAAAAGCACGAGCUAAUAGAACGCAGAAGAAAAUGUGGUUGGCCAGGCUGUUCUUAACGCGGUAGGAUAUUCUUAAGUUUCUAAACUCUCGUUACUCAAGUUUAAGCAACUACACUGGCCAAAAAAGUGAACAGCAAAGAGCUAGGUCGCGAUUUUUUGGUAUCACUUUAAAACCAACAAAAUUCAUUGAAAUCAGAGAAAACCCCGAAAUAUUAGCAGAGUUUUAUUUUUAAAUUCUCUAGUGUAUUUCUUCUUAUAAGUGGUUAGUGUACGUCUUUUGAGACAAACUUUUCAAGAACACGAUGGAAACGAAUUGCUACUUGAAAAAAUGGGACCGCCUUUAUUUUUCGAUCGCGACGAUACAGGAGUAUAAUCAACAACUGACCGUUUUUUUUCCUUUAAUAGAACUGUUUGAUUUUUGUUGUAGAGUUUCAAGUAUGACAAAGGACGAGUCCGUGAGAAUACUUAAGUAUAGUUUCGGAUAUUUAAAGAUUGAUUUUGGGUUUUCAAAAAAGUUAAUCCUUUUUUACAUGUUAUAUUCAGGAACUAUCAAAUCAUGUACAUUGCACGUGACUUGAAAAAGCAUAAAUAAGUGGGUGGAGAGGAGGGGACGGUUGAGCCCAUUAUGGAGACCUAAUUUGUGAAAUUCGUGACUCAGUUGGUCUGGGAAAUUUUACAUUUGUCAGAGAAAAGUCAAGGAAUUUCGGAAACCUCUGGAUGUGGAAACCAUGAGUUGAGCUCACUCUGAUACAGCCCCUUUAACUUUUACUCUCGUCAUGUCGUUGAGCUCUAAUAUCGGUUAUUAGUGAAAUCCAACCAGUGGUAUAUUAUGAAUGCUGCGUUCUGAUUGGUCGAGCUACUACUACAGUAGCGAAAAGCGCCGGCUUUGAAAAACAAAACAAUGGCGGCUAUAUUGCGUUUAACUACUAAAGUUGUUUUGUCUCGAUAUUUUUGACCAACUAGUUGGAUUUUACUAAAAAAAUUAUUUCUCUCUCUCUCAUGGCCUCUGAGUCGAUAGCCCAUUCGGCUGACUCAGAGCCGAUUUGGGCGCGAGGAAUAAUUGUCAAUAAGUCCCCUUUGCGGCCGCUCUAGGCACGCAAUGUUCACGCGUGACUCCGGCCGGAGUGAAUUCUGAGGAAAUAGUCUGGAAUGUCAGCGCCCCUAACGGUUAGGGGGUGGAGACGGGUGACAUGUGCCCUACGGGAAAUUCCCUCUCUUCGAAUGUCAGACUACGGAGGGAACUACAUCAUAUGGUUUGAUUGGCUAGAAAAGACAAGACAAGACAAGACAAGACAAGAUCCUUAUUUAUACCACACACAAAAAAAGAGACAUUAAAAAAAAAAAAAAUACCACUCAUGUAAGGUACAAACCAUUUAGAAAAUAGCUUAAAACUAAUCUAGCGAGGAGGCAUUGAAGAUUGAUUCAGAAUAUUAAGGGGGUUGUUUCAUGAAGGCACAAGUAUAAACCAAUGUAAAAACAAACAAAGAAAAGAAAAGAGGAAAUCAACACAUGCACAGACUUGAAUCACUGAAAAGUUGAGGAACUAAAGGAAAUAUGGGAAUAACUGAAAAUAGCCCUUUUUAAGGACUAUUUAAACUUGCGACGGGUAAGACACUCAAGAGAUUCUUCAAUAUUAUUCCAAAGAACAGCUCCAGUCGAGCGUGAUCAAUGGAAGAGGAGUAAAUGACACAGUGGCAGCCUCCUCCUCAGGCGCUUCGUUUUUCGCAAGGUAGAGGCGAUCGACUGGUGAUGAGCUGCAAGGGACCAUGGGAAGGGUACAGACAGCAGGCGACGCGCCUUCUUGCCCGAUGUCUCCUUCCCGCCUUCCUUUGCACGCGCGAGAGAGACGUCUGUGUACGAGGCAGACACAGUGGUGAAAUUGAAGAUUAGUUCCAAAAGUUCAUCAUUAUCCAAAUCAUAAAAAGGAAAGACUUCUCGUGAGCAGGAUUGACAAAGCCACAGGUCAUUCGAGAAUUUACAAGUAUUACACAGUUUCGCUUUGCGUGUCUGCUUCUCAGUAUGAUGAUGUUUUUCAGAUAAAGAUAUGGAGGUGACCGUACAGACGGGUGAUGGAUGGUUUGACGGGACUAACUCUUUCUUGUACCUGGAGCUCAUUGGUGAUGGAGGAAGGAAGUCUGGGGAGAGUAGUGUCGGAAAAGGCGGUUACUAUGACGACUUUGAAUCUGACCAGUGAGUACUAAGGAAUGCUAACAACGGGGAAUUUUAAGUUUUAUUUUACCGUCUACGUUACUGAUAUAAUUUGCACUUGGAGCAAACCUCUUACAACGUGAAACGCGACAAAGGAAUUUUAUUUCUGUGUGAAAGAAAGUUAAUUUUCAUUACGAAGGCUGUGAAUUCUCUAGGUUCUGCUCUGGGUAGACUGAAGGUAAUAUACAUUAUCAAUCAAAGUACACCUGUAAAAAGCGGAGUAAAAUGCUUAAGUAUUAUUGACUUACGUUAAACUGGAAAGAAAUCAGCAAUUCUGAAGGAAUUAGUUGCAGAUGUCAGGCAGGGGUAAGAGAGCUAGUAUUUCAAGAAUUUUAAGAUAACUGCUGUAGGUAUUUUUAAAUACCUACAGCAACAACAACAUUCCUUAAAAAGAAUGUUGACGAGAAAAUCCCACUUUUUUGGUAGAUCAAGGUUUGCUUUGGAUUCUGUUUCAUAAAAAUGUUUUAGUACUGUGUAAAAAACGAGCACGAAUGCGAGUUUUUUGAACGGCUUCAAAAUCUCUGAUAUAGAUCAACUCAUUCUUGCACUAACAUUUAGAGUUGUGGUUAUGAUGGUCUAAAAAAUUGGACGUAAAGUUUAGAUAUAAAUACACCCAUAAAACAUUAAAUUCUUUUGUUUUUUCUUUAUGAAUUAUAAAUUAGUUUUUGAGAUUGUUUUAAAUUAAACCCCCUUAUUUUGUAGUUUACUUGACUUACUAGCUAUAAGUGAAAAAUGUUUUGCAUCGCUUCAGUAUAAAAUACGGCCCUUACUGCCCUCGUCACAGCAGGUUGGUGCGCGGCCUUCUGAGCUGUGAGGGAGAUUUCCAUAGAGAUUUCCAGGUGUGACGUCAAAUCCUUGCUUUGACUUCUUUCCUUUGCGUGUAGCUUUUAGUAGCUUUGAAUACCGUAAAACGGAGCACCGAUGGAGGGAGAGAGAGAGGGAGAGAGAGGGAGAAAGAGGUGGGGGGAGGGGGUAAAAUGAGAGCACCAUCGGGCUCAGGUUUGUCAGUCUAAUGUAUAAUGUUACGAGUCGCCGACGUAAGAUAAGGAUCUUAACCUUUACUUUUAUACCGUAGAUUAUAAUACUAUCGAGGCAAAACUCGAAAUACUUCAGUGCUUUCGUCAUGCAAGGUUUGAUUUCUUUUCCGUUAUUUUUAGGACAGAUCGUUAUUUGGUGGCUUUCAAGAGUGUCGGUACCAUUCGUCAACUGAAAAUCAGAUUACAAGAAAACUCGAAUGGGGGCUAUUUUGGAGGGUGGACCUUCAGUAAGGUAAAGAAUGCGAUUCGCCUUUGUAGCUGGGCAUGUGCGGCAUGUGCAUAAGAAAAGUGUAUGGGAACUCUGAUGCGCUUUUGUUGUCGGUUGAAAAAAGGGAUCUUCUAACAAAGCAAUUCUUCUAUCCCGGUUUCGUCCCAUACCGUGAAAGGCAACGUUAGGUUACGCUGUCACGGAUACCAGCAUUGAACUGAAAACCUCCAGGCCAUGAACGUGACGUGAAAGAGCAAGAUGUUGUAAAAUUCUGAGAUUUUCCACGUCGUUCCUGGAGUGUUGUUGUUUGUUCUUCGAGGAAAAUAAUAUAUCCGAUAGAUUUUAGGACCAAAAGUCCUCGGUGUUCAGCGUCUGGAUGUUCCCGUUCGCCGCCCUUCACAAAGAGAUACUUAGGCCCGGUUCAGACGCCGAACUUUUCAUGAGCCGAACCUAAUACAUUGAAUUAAGUUCAUGAAAAGUUCGGCGUCUGAAUCAAUUAGGAACACCUAUUUCGAUUUGGAACUCCAAACAUGUUCCGCCUUCUAGGAUCUUCCUUCCUCCAUGUAAACAACUCCUAAGGCCAAUAACCCUGUAAUGUGGACAUCCUUGUGCGUGAGCAGUGGACACCUUUGUGUGGCGUACACCCUUUUAAAGGGGAUACCUCUGUGACUUAGCUCUCAAAGUUAAACACCGCUCUAAAGCGUGGGAAAGCUAGCGAAAGUUAUUGAGGCCUCAAAUGUAAAGUGCAAAAGGUGUCUGGCUGAGAAAUAGUUAGAUAUAUAGGUAUUAUUAUAGUUACAGCAGUAUCUUAUUAUUUUUUUAGAUCACCAUAAAGGACGGCAGCAAUACUUACACCUUCAAUGAACGAGGCUUGGGUUCUGGACAAAGUGUCACUGUAAAUGCAGCGUGAAUAUUAUUGCUUUUACUGUGCGCAUGACAGUUCUGUUUCACUCGAUGAUUAUGAUGCGGUAUUAGCUAAUCCCGCUAGCUCUUGAAAAUUUAUUUAAGCUGUAAGUCGUGAAAUUUCUCAAGAAUAAAAAAUCUUUAAGCUUCAUUUUGUUAUGUCUGUUUUUCAAGGUACCUCCCUAUUGUCAUUGGUACUGUCGCAUCAAGGGACAGUCUCGUGCCCAGUUCCAGGGUUCACACAGUCUUGUAAAGUCCCAAGAGAAAUUGAAAACAAUGCUUAUGCAAAUUUUUGGAUGGACAACAAAGAGUAUCAUGGUAUUUUUGAGAAAGGCCUAUAA